GAUUAUGUAAUUAAUAUUGUAAUAAAUAAUUAUGUUUUAUAUUCUAAGUAAAAGUAAUUUGCUUGAUUAUUGCUUAAUCUCCAUAGUACUUUCCACUGAUGGAGGAUGAAUUAGUAGAUGAGGUUGGUACAAUGCUUUUGCUAGAUGAAAUGCUGCAGGAAUCUUCAAAGAUACGUCCAAAUUAUGAAGUAAUGUUAAAUCGACAAAAAAGAACUUGCGUGCAUAGAACGAAAGAUAUACAAAAUAAGUCUACCAUUGACAACAUGGCAGCAUAUCCUUGGAUGAGUCUACCAAAACUAAUUUUGGCUGAAGUCAAGAUUUUAUUCAACAAAGACUUGGAUAGAGAGCUGCGUGUAUCUUUAGCACGCAUUGCGAGUAAAGUAUUGGAUAUUGUUAGCAAGAAGAAAGAUCAGUUGCUUUCAAGCAUUCUUGCUACAAUAGAAGGCGAGCAAGAUGAAGUAAAAAAGAAAGGAAAGGAUGAUGAAUACUGCCGUUUUCAUGCUUCCGCGGUUAUUCAAAGGAGAUUGCAGCGACCAUCUAUUCGUUGCGGGUAA